AUGGUUGCAAGGGGCGUGAAUCUUGGCGCCCGAGAAAGACUAGAUGAGUGCGAAGAGCAAGUUCAGCCGUUACCUCUAGACUAUGCUUAUGAUCGCCGGCUCCAUUGUUCGGUUCCAAUAAACUCUCUUAAAAUCCUCUCUUCUGAUCGAUCAAUCGGAAAGUUCGAGCUCCCGGAGCCAUACAAAAAUCGAAACAAUGUCCGCUCAAAACUCUGCUGGGAUUCAAACCCUCCUCGAUGCCGAAAGGGAGGCACAGAAGAUAGUUCAGAAAGGUUGAUGGCUGCUAACUCUGAUGAUGGCGAUGCUCACACUAGCGAGAGCUUGUGCGUAACCCCUCCGUUACCCCCUCCCUCUUAUCGAACACAAAAAGUUAAGGACGCUCGUAGCGAGGCUCAAAAAGAGAUCGAAGAAUACAAAAAACAGAAAGAGAAUGAAUUCAAAGAAUUUGAAUCUAAGCAUUCCGGUGCCAACGCCAAAGCCGAGGAAGAAGCUACUAAAGAGAUAGAGCAAACUUUGAAGGAUAUUGAGGCUGCGACCAAAGAAAAGGGCCCUAGGGUUAUUGAGGAUCUCCUAAAAGCCGUCACCGACAUAAAGCCAGGACCCCACCGCAAUGUUGCUGCUUCUGCCUAG